AUGGGGCAUGUUUGGGAUACAAUGAUGGCUGUGACACGCAACAAUAAAUCUUACAUGAAGUUAAGGCCAGUCAAUGUGUUUGAGAAAUUCGAUGCCGAAUACAAUAACUUUCUGGAGAUUGUCUUUAAUGACGAAGAGGCUGGACGCAUAAUUGGGAUGAUUCAUUAUGUGAAUAUUCCUAAGUUCUUAGAUUUCAUUGAAGAAGGAAAAUCGUCGACGAGUGUUGCGUGUUCGAUGGGUCUCUCGCACUCGGACUCGCGGUCUCGCAAGUCAUCGCUCGCAGUGUCUGCUCGUGGUCUCGCAGAUGACGGGUCGCUGGCGAGUGCUGCGUGUUGGGCUCGGGUCUCGCAGGCCCCCUCGUGUGCUCAGAGACGACAGGUCGCUGGCGAUUGUGCCUGGUCUUCUCGGCAAGGCUCGCUAGGUCGCAGGUCGCGUCCGGCUGGCGAGUCUGCAGGUAUUGAAGUAUCUCGCGGGCCUCCUCGUUGCCUCGCGAGAUGGGACUCGUUGGCGAGUGCCGGGUCACGGGUCUUCUCGUGCGGUCGUGGACUGUGGCUCGCUAGCGAGUGUCAGGUCCUUCCAGGCCUAGGUUCGCUCUCCCCUGUACGACUGUUCGUGGCGAGUGCCGAGUUUCGCGGAUCUUGGCUUUCUCGGAUAACUUGA